AUGCUCUUAUCAACUCUUUUAUCGACAUUAUGUCUCCCUUUAGUCCUUGGAUUCUCGUUCAGCUUGCAGAACACCAAUCCUACCCAAUGUAGUACAGCGAAUAUCACUUGGGAAGGGGGUCAAUCGCCUUUCAGUUUAACCAUUAUCCCCGCAUUUGAUUAUCCCUCUACGCUUUCCAUUCCAGAUUCCAACUAUGAUAGCUCAUCUGGAAAAGGUAGUUACUCAUGGACAGUUAAUUAUCCGAAAGAUACUCAAUUCGUCGUCAUGAUGUCAGAUGGAAGCGGUACAGGAACUGGAGGUGUAUCGCCGUUAUACAAAGUUGGUUCUGGCUCGACAUCGUGUAAUUCACGAUCUGACGAGACGGAUUUCCUAUUCUACUUGAAUGAAACUUCCUUAACGCAAUGCGACCCGGUUUCGAUCUACUGGGACAAUUCAGCCGUCACUCCCGUCUCCAUACUAGGUGCUAUACCAGGUGGUCAGGUAUUCCAACUUGUUUCAGUGAAUGACAAAACCAAUUCUUUAGUAUGGAAUACCAACAUCGCUUCAAAUACUCAAAUCAUCAUAGCCGCAUUCGACUCCGGAACACACGGUCAAGGUGGUUCAUCAGCAUUGUUGACUAUCGGUUCUUCAUCCGAUAGCUCCUGUAUAAACGAUCAAUCACCUUCAUCAACCACUGCUGGUUCACCGACAGCUACAGGAACCACAACGGGGAAUGCGGGCGGUGUAAAGACUGUCACGGCUAUUACUACUCAGACUAGUCUACCUAAAGGUGCAGCGGGACUAUCGACCGGUGCAUUGGUAGGAAUAGUAGUAUCGGCUGUCCUAGUUGUUAUAGCUCUUCAAGGCGCAUUAUUAUGGUUCUGCUGCAGACGACAGAUCCGAUCAUUGAUAUACCACAGAAGGGAGAUGAAAGGCUCAGAAGUCAAACCUGGUGGAGAAGUAGAUCUGGGAUUGGCAUCUCAUCAUUCGAAUUCCUACGAAGAUUACAGGGACGAUCAUGGUAACGAUCCUUACGCUGCAUGGGGCGCUCCUACCGUCAAAUCAAGAUAUUCAAGAUCAAGAGAUGACGAUGGAUAUUCUAAUUCCGUUUCACCAUUUAUAGAUGAUAAUAUCACCCUCCCACCUUUAUCUUUAUCAUCACAAGGAAAUGGACAUGGUCGACACGAUUCAUUCGCUUUAUCUAUUGGUCAAUCCAUACCUGAAUUGGAUCUUACACCUUCACCAUCCCUAUCGACAAACAACGGAUUCGCUUUCGGUAAUUCACCUUCGUCUCCUUUGAUCAACCAAUACCCCUCGUCAUCAUCAAGACCAGGAAUGACAAAGGCUCAGAUGGCAGCCAGUCUAUCGGCUUCCAACCCUGACAGAAACGAGAACCAGUUCGAUAUAGGAAGUAGAUUACCUCCUCAGGAAGCUCCUUCAGGUGGAUUCGUAAGGCAUGAAGAUGCUGGAUCGAUCCGGGCGCCUCCGGAAGCGGAACAACCGGAGGUGGAAGAUCUACCUCCUCUGUAUAGACCUGAAUGGGAGACUGAGUCGCAGAGGGGUAGGGGAAAUAACAAUGAUAGAUAG